GCUCCAUCUUAAAUUAUCAACAGGGCUGAACGGGGUCUGUUACAAAGUAACAUUUUAAGAUCAAAUACUUUGAAAUCUGAAUGCAUUCAGCCAAUGGCACAGUAGCACUCAAAGUCUCCCACAGACAGAUUCUCGAUAACUGUCCUUCAAAUCGGAUAUUCUAAUUAACCGCUUUGUAUUUAGGGGAUAUGGUGUCGGAUCACUUUAUGCAGGGAUCAUUCAAGUCUGAUGAGGUGCCAUUUGAAACUCAGACUUACUGGUGCCAGAGCCUCUCAGCCAGGUGAGAAAAACCACAACCGAGCCUCUAUUAACCUCAAUCACAACGACCAUCAAGUUUUUAUCGUUCCGUCGAGAGCACUUUGCAUAUGCAAAUAUAGAAGUGUGCCCCUCCUCCGUGUAGCGGCCGGGAGACACUAAAGGGGGGACAACAAAACACCUCGAGAUCACUACUUGGAUACAUCAUGGCAAACUUCUCUGUUGAGUGGCUUUCCAAAAGUUAUUAUGAAGAUUCCCUUCUUCCUUCAAAAGUCCACGGAAGAUCGAGGGACUCCCCGACUUCACCGAACGAUAGUUGCGGUUACGCGUCGGGGUCCGAGAACGAGGUGGGGGAUGACAGCGAGUGGGAAGCCACCCAGCAACGAAGGAUGAGGACCAAGUUCAGCUCCGAGCAAGUCAGAAAACUGGAGAAUGCGUUCGGCAGGCACAACUACCUGGGCACUAUGCAGAGGAGGAGGAUCGCUGAGAAGCUGAACCUCUCCGAAACGCAGGUGAAGACGUGGUUUCAAAAUAGGAGGAUGAAGCUGAAACGGGAGAACCUGUACCUGCGUCCCGAGCUUCCCUUCCCGGUCGUCCUGUUGGCGCCUGUGCGCUUUCAGCACCCCGCACUGGGUGGACAGCUCCCCCCCGGCGGCAGCGGCUUCUACCCGCAGCUGGAUCCGCUCCACAGGGCCGUCCUGCCCGCUGCCGCUGUGCCCCAGCGCUGCUCCCACCCAGUCACCAUGCCCCCAUACUUCUAUUGACCCCCCCCCCUCUCCCACUCAAAGUUGUAUAUAUAAUGCAUGCAUGUUUGAAACAAUUUAAAGCGCUUUCCUGCAAAUAUUAUAUCUUCUAUUUCACACAAUAAAAACAUAAUUUUAAAGCACAUUUUAAAAUGG